CGCCAGCCAUCUUCCCGUCAAAAUUUUUGAAAGUCUGAUUCGGUGAAAGUUAUCGUGUUUUUACACGGUUUAUAAGAGGUAUCAACAUGUUUUCGUGGAAAGAUGAUAAACGUAAGAAGGAAAUGGAGGCAUUUGACUCCGCUUUGGAUGGAUUGAAAAAGCUUUAUAAGUCAAAACUACUACCUUUAGAAGAGGCAUAUAAAUUUCACGAUUUCCAUUCCCCGCCCCUCGACGAACCUGACUUUGAUGCUAAGCCCAUGAUCCUUCUUGUUGGUCAGUAUUCAACUGGUAAGACCACAUUCAUUCGUUAUCUACUGGAGCAAGAUUUCCCAGGAAUUCGUAUAGGUCCAGAGCCAACAACUGACCGCUUCAUCAUUGUGAUGCAUGGCGAACAGGAUGGUGUUGUUCCAGGAAACGCACUUGUCGUGGACCCAAAGAAGCAGUUCCGUCCACUCUCAAAGUUUGGUAAUGCCUUCCUUAAUAGAGUGCAAUGCUCUAAUGUAAACAACAAAGUUCUGAAAAGUAUUUCAAUUGUGGACACACCCGGAAUAUUAGCUGGUGCUAAACAAAGCGUUGAUAGAGGAUAUGAUUUCACUGGUGUUUUGGAAUGGUUCGCAGAACGCGUAGAUAGAAUUAUACUCUUAUUUGAUGCACAUAAGCUAGAUAUAUCUGAUGAAUUCAGACGCAGUAUCGAAGCCUUGAAAGGACAUGAUGAGAAAAUCCGAAUUGUUUUAAAUAAAGCAGAUAUGGUUGACCAUCAACAGCUGAUGAGAGUUUACGGAGCAUUGAUGUGGUCACUAGGGAAGGUCCUUGGAACUCCAGAAGUUGCUAGGGUCUACAUAGGUUCUUUCUGGGACAAAGCACUCCAUUUUGAUAUGAACCGGAGGCUGUUUGAACUUGAAGAACAGGAUCUUUUCCAAGACCUCGCCAGUUUACCCCGUAACGCAGCUUUGAGAAAACUGAAUGAUUUAAUCAAGAGAGCCCGUCUAGCCAAGGUGCAUGCUUACAUUAUCAGCCAUUUAAAGAAGGAGAUGCCAUCAAUGUUUAAAAAGGAUGCUAAGAAGAAAGAACUGAUCAGAAAUCUGCCGGAAAUAUAUGCUCAACUGCAACUUGAACAUAAUAUCUCGCCAGGGGACUUUCCCGACUGCGCUCGCAUGCAAGAGCAAUUACAACAUCAAGAUUUCACAAAAUUCAGAGAGUUACGACCCAAAUUGCUUGAGACAGUUAACAAUAUGUUAGCCAAGGAUAUUGCCAAGUUAAUGGCAAUGAUUCCAUUGGAAGAUCAACAAUCUGCGAUUGAUAAUCCAGAGGGUGUGUCUGGUGGAGCAUUUGAUGCUGUCAACGAUAGUCCAUUUGGUAUUGGCAAAGGGGAGGGAGCAGAUUUAGGUCGUGGUGAAGAAGAAUGGAUCGUUGAACAAGAGCGUUACUCUUAUGAUGACCAAUUCGAAAACCUGAAACCAACUAAUGGUAAAAUAACAGGAGCUGCAGCCAAGGCGGAGAUGCAGAAAUCUAAACUUCCUAACUCUCAACUGGGAAAAAUAUGGACACUUGCCGAUGUGGAUAGGGACGGAAUGUUGGAUGCUGAUGAAUUUGCUCUUGCCCAGCAUUUGAUUAAGAUCAAACUAGAUGGACAUGAACUGCCCACUGAACUUCCAAAACAUUUAGUGCCACCAUCGAAGAGAAAUGAUUUUUCAUGAAUGUGAUUAUUUUCAAAACAACAUAUAGACAGUGAAUAGGUAAUAUAAUGUGUAUGUAUGAAUAUGUAUGACAUAUGUGAUAUAUGAAGUAUUAUGACAUCAGUGCAACAGGGAAAUGUAUAAAACCAAAGUGUAACUUAUAAUUUUUUGCUUAUGAUUAUAGACCAAAUAACCAAAUAAGCAUGUAUUUAUUAUCAUAUUAGUAUGGUGAUGAAUUUUCCAUUUUUUAAAACUGCCAAACUCAUAAAUGCUCAAUGUAAUUGAUGUCAUGAAACAUUUGAUUUAACUUUGAAUAAGAUUUGGGAAUAUCUAAACAAUUCAUAGAAAUUAAAAAAGAUGAAGGCAUGGUCAUGAAUCCCAUCUGAUUCAAUUUUUUACAAAAAUGUCCGUUUGUCAAAAUAUUCAAAUGUUUCAUGGUUUUCAAUUGAGUGCAAGAUACUUUUUAAAUUCUUAACUAGGUUUAACAUGUAAUUAUUAGUUCAAUAUUGGAAUGCAAGAUGCAAUGAUGAAAUUUUAAGGGUAGUGUUCCACUCGAGAGGUUGUCCAAUUAGAGAGGUUUAUUUGACACAAGGGUAAUUGGUAAAAAUGUUCCACUUGCAGAGGUGUUCCAUUUGCAGAGGUGUUCCACUUGCAGUGGUGUUCCAUUUGCAGAGGUGUUCCAUUUGCAGAGGUGUUCCACUAUCCAGGUUUCACUGUAUCUUAAUUGUUUUCCAGAUGCGAUAUGUAACACUGUGUAAUAUCAAGUUAGUUGCAGUCAACAGCCACUAAAUAGCAAGUUCUGAGUGUAAAAUGUGUGAAAUUAUUGAUAAUGAUAUAGAAAGCAAUGCUUGAGAUGAAUCAUGCAGCAUGAUCCUUAAUAUACUUAUAAAAGUAUUAAAACACUGAAGAAAUGCUUAAUCUUGCGACUUUCAGCAUAUUACUGAUUCAUCAAUAUCUAAUUCCUGACUUAUACUAGAUUGGAUAGGGGAAUGGGGGAUGGGGGAUGUACAUGUAUAUACUACUUGUAUUCUUUCAAUUGGGCUUGGGUCGAAAAUUUCUUAAAAUCCAUCACUGUUUUGAAUUCUUACAACAGGAUCUAGGAAAACAGUAUGCUUGUCUAAGGAUUACUGCACAAUCGACUAAUGAAUAGCUCCUAUAUAAAACCUAUAGCUAGGUUCCAUAUUAAGUCCCCAGACUAUUAGGUUGCAUUGAUCCAACUGCCAGCUUUCUAAUGGUGAUCAAAUCCUGGAUAAGUUUCUUUUCCAGAUGUUUUGGUUUAGUAUGUGUAGUAAUAUGAUGCAAGUACUUAUCUUUACAACUCUGGUUAUAGAAUAUGUGUCAUAAUGAGAUAAGUGGAAUCUAGGUGAAUAAAAUAAAUCACUGCUCUGUUAUUUCACUAAAACAACAACUGAUCCCCACUUGCUGUUUUCAUUAGAAAAUGAAAUUGGUCAAUACAAAGCAAAAUGAUAAGUUAACAUGGGAGAGGAGUCAAGGACUUCAGAAUUUCCAGUGUUUUGGUACAUUUUACAUAGUUUUUAGCCAAAACUGUCAAAAAGCUCCCCCUCCCCUUGGCAAAAGUUCCCCCUUGGUAAAAGCUGGCC